CCGUAGCGCAAGCAGGGCCAAAAAAAAAGUGGAGCCCGUCAAGCAGGGCCAAAAAAAAAGUGGAACCCGUCGUCCCUUUACGACGGGCGUCGCUCCACUGCUCUCCAAAUGUGCAAAAUGAGACUGAAUCAUUCGCUAGAACAUGGAAAGAUACACGCACACCUGUUUUGUGUUUUGUGUGUGUGGUGAGCUGUGGAGCGUGGAGCGAGGUCCUUUGCCGCGACCGACGCAUCCACCACUCUCUGCCACUCCAAGUGCUCCCCUCGUUAUAGCACAUCUUGUCAGCAAGCAGGGAGGCGGGAGCUGGGGCUCGUCUACGUCUUGUCAGGAAAGACUCUUAGAGACGGAAGAGGGUGUUGGUGAUUGUCGCGACGAGGACGCUUUCCGUUAUCAGCCAAUGGGUAGGGACAACCUGGGCGCCCCCCAAUUUGUCAAGCUGAUACUGAUGGAAAUUUUAUAGGGGCCCCGGGGGAAAUAAUCAAAGGGGGGGAGGAAAAAAAAAAGCAAAACAAAUCAAGAUAGAGAGAGAGAGAGAGAGAGAGAGAGAGAGAGAGAGAGAGAGAGAGAGAGAGAGAGAGAGAGAGAGAGAGAGAAUUGCAUCGCGGCUACCACCUGGCUUAGAGAGAGAGAGAGAGAGAGAGAGAGAGAGAGAGAGAGAGUUGCAUCGCGGCUACCACCUGGCUUACCCCUCGAGACAGCUGCCAGAUUGCUUACCCAUCGGGACGGCUAGCUGGCUUGUAUGUCUGACGGUGGUGCCAGCUGGCGUGUCUGUCGGGACACUGCUGCCAGCUGGCUUCUCUCGUUCGGUCUUAUUCGAACUGUUGCACAAAAGCAGAGGCCAUAUAUGUAAUUUGACGAUAUAUACGUAUAUAGAAUUCUGAGGCCAUAUAUGUAUAUAUCCCAUAUAUGUAUAUAUCAGUGUGACAAUAUAUAUAUUAGUCGGUGAAACUCCGACGAAACAGUUUGUCACAGCCCCUCGUUUGUUGUCCUCUUCUCCCUCUCUGCCUACGGUUUACCGGGCAGUUCUAUUUGACGAUAUAUAUAUAUGUAUGUAGAAUUCUGCAACCCCUCCUGUUGUUAUCCAUGGAGGACAGCGAACUAGACUGAUCGAGCGAAUGAAUCAACGGACGAAUGAAGCGCAUAAUGACGG